GCAGUAUUUGAAGUGUGUAUUAUGCAGAAGUAGUGAGGUGUGUAUUAUGAUGUUCUGCAGCAGCUGGGAUUUGUAUUAUGGCUCUCUGAAGAAGUUGAGGUGUGUAUUUUGAUGUUGUGUUGCAGCUGAUAUGUGUAUUAUGACAUUGUAGGGGUUUAUUUUAAUAUUAAAUAGUAGUGUAGCAGAAAACUACAUAAUUGGAACAUUUAUUCUUCACCAUUUAUUACACACAUUGCCCACAAGAUGGUAGUAGUGUUCCACCAUUUUAUUAUACAGUGUAUGCUUAGUAUGGAUUAAUAAAGCUACGAAGAUCCAAAUUCGGACCAUCUUGCUGAAAAGCAAGAAGAUAUGACAACCAAGAGUGGACUCUUCACCUAUGGAAGCCCGCACAACUGCAGGAAGGUUAUGGAGAUCAUCCUGUUGGCAGGACUUUUACAAGAUUUUCUUAAGAGUACAAAACUGGUUGUGGGAGCUAUCAUCUGCAUAUUCUAAUCCGGUUCCCAAAGAUUGGAAGCAAAUCCUAUUACUUUUUAUUUUGUGCUUUGUCUUUUCAUCCUUAGCUGGAACUUUCCUUUACAUAUGGUUAUCUCAUUCAUUACAGUACCAGUCAUUUCUUACCUCCAUCUUGGCUCUAACCACAUCUAUCUUUAUAUGCAUUGUCCUUGUUCUCAUCCACCCAAUUCGUUGCAUCUUGACCAUCAUCAUCCCAACCCUAGGAACCAAACAAGGUCGUCGGCUGCUGUUAUCCACCUGCUUUAUGUUCAUGGCUCUUAACGUUCUUCCGAAUAUAUUUAGUAACCUCCGGAAUAUAUUCCAAAUCAUCAAAUGCAUAUCCCAACACUCUUCAGAAACAGUCUUAAACUCCACCAGCACCUUCAGAGAUCUGACGGAGGAAUUGAGAAAAAUGGUUAAAGAGACCACAGAUGUGAUGGCGAAGCUCCAGGUGAAGUCUCCUCUGGAGGUGAACCUCUUAGCUGAUAUAAAUACUGAUGUGGUUUCUCAACAUAUAUCUGAAGUGACCAAUAACAUGAAGAAGGAAUUUGAAACCGUGGAAAUGGUUUUUAAGGACCUCACCCUUGUGGCAAAUAGGGUUAUUGCUGGUUAUUUCAUCUUGUAUGUUCUCUUUAAUGCCACCUGGUACUUAAGAAACUAUCUAACCAAUAUUGAGUUUGACAACCAGUAUAUUACAAGACAACUAGUUGAGAUAGCACAGAAAAAUAAUAUUACCGACUUGAAUAAUGGCUCCUCACUAGGGUUAAUAAAGGCAGCAGGAAUCAAGAUGUCAAGAAAUGAGCUUGGAUCCAUCUUGUUUCGUCUUCUGGUCAUUGUGGGCUUUGUUCUACUUUCUGUGCUCAUCAUAGCCAUGGACCACAUUGUCUUCCAGUUGGCCAUGGAGGUUGGCAACUGGGUGGAAAAAUUGCCAGCUAUGCAUGUGACUUUUCAUAUGCACUAUGAUGCAUUUGUUACUGUCAUUUUUAUUCGUCAAGAGAUUAACUCACAUCAAAUAGAACGGCAGCUGAACAUUUUCUUCUUCCCUGACCACUGUAAACAGUCGGCAAGUCCUCCAGAUCCCUCUGUCACUGCAUCAAUUCUUGUCAUCCAUUGCAUCUUGUUUGCUGUGGUGUUUUUGGAAAUGUACGCUCAACGUCUGUGCCGCAAGAUCUCCGCCAUGUUCUAUCAGGCAAGAGAAGAAGAAAGAAUUCUAUAUUUAUUUGACCAGAUAACAAAAAAAACCCUAACAGUGUACAGUGAUCCCUCAACUUACAAUGGCCUCAACAUACAAUAGUUUCAACAUACAAUGGUCUUUUCUGGACCAUUGUAAGCUGAAACCAGACUCAACAUACAAUACUACACACAGUCCAGAUCUGUGAAACGUGUCAAUGGCCGGAAGAAGUGACCAAUCGGAAUGUACAUUUCACUGGUAAAGCCCCUGUAUUACUGAAACGUAUGCACUGACUGAUGUCUGGUAGCGCCCCCUAUAGUACAGGGAGGUAUUACAUGUUCCGUACACUUUACCUGUACCUAUGUUACUUUUUUAGGACAUUGUCUGUACUGUACAGGAUCCCGAAGAAGCUCCUGUCCUCUACAUAGACCAGUGUUUCCCA